AUGUCGACUUAUGAUCCAUCGGACUUUACUGCAAGUACAAAAUUGUACGACCCAGAACCCAUUGAAUUGCAACCAAAGUUCAUGGUGGGUUUGACAACUGGCGUAGAAGGAAAUUGCCUAUUCUUGUCCGAUGAUGUUGUCGUAUAUCCGGUCUCAGGCGUUAUUGUCAUAUAUGAUACAAAAAAUCGUAGCCAGAAGUUUAUACAGUUUACCGAACAACCUGCAAAAACGACAAUUACGGCGAUGGACCUUAAUCCAAUCAAGUAAAUAUUGAUAUGAAAUUGUACAGACACUCGAUGAAAACAUUCGCUUUUGCUAACAUCAGUAAUGAAACCACAUGGUUUGAAGUAUAUCAGCUUUUAAUUCAGUCGUCUUUGACCUACAACUAAUGCACACAUUAUCUAGUACACAGAGUGUUCUACAGUAUAAUUCUUAUGCUACUAACUCUAUCAAUAUUCUUUUUUUUUUUUUUAAUCAGGUUUUGUGCGAGGGGAAUAUACUUGUAUGCAAAGACAAAUUAAAUUUUUAUUUUCAUCCCUUAAAAAAAUAGCCAUUUUGUAAAAUUUAUUUUUCUAAAAAUUUUAAUACAUCAUAGUUAAUGAUAGGUAUAGUGGCUUUAAUGUAUAGAAAAUAGACAUGAAAACAAUUAUUAUAUCUACAGAUAGAAGAUGUGUUAGACAUGUUAGAAAAUAGAAGAUAAAGAAUUACCGUACUGAUUGUAUUGCCUUACAGGGAACGUAUUGUUUUAUUAAAAAUUAAUCAUUUUAAUCAUUUCAAUUAAUCAGUUUUCUGUAAAUUAAAACGGCCAUUAAAACUAUUGAUCCGAUAUGAAUGUAUUUUACAUUGAUACAUAACAACUUUUAGAAUAAUAUCUUUUACAAAAUGACUCUUUUGAAAAGUGAUAAAAUAAAAUGUUAUUUUUUCUAUAAUUAAAGGAUAAAAAUAAAAAUGUAAUUCUUCUUUAUAUAUUUGUUUUCCUCGUACAAACCCAGAUUGAAAAAAAAAACUAAUAUUGAUAAAAUUACUAGCAUAAGGAUAACACUGCAGGACACUUCGUGUACUUAUAUUAAUAAUAUUUUUCUUUUUCUUCUCAUGUAUAACUUUCCAACUAUUUGGGGUUGGUUCCUUACUGUUUCUAGUUUUUUACUGUAGUUUUCAUCAUAUCACUCUCAAUCGUAUAUCUAAAAUCAAUUUACUUGUUCAAUCUACCUUUUACCAUAUUUCUAUCUACACUGAUUUCUAAAUCCAUUUUUCAUUUUCUAAUUCAUCUCAUGAUCACUUCAUGUAUAAAUCAUCACAGUUUAUUAUUGAAUAAAAUUAAGUAUAGUAAUAUGAACAAUUAAAUACAAAUUUCAGUCUUGUGUUAGCCGUAGCUACCACUUCCACGGAGGACGGCAUAAAGCCGACUGUUAGCUUCUAUGAUCUGACAACUUUAGAACUGAAGCAUACAUUCACAGAGCCUGAGGAUGAAUAUCCAGGGAGCACUGAACGUCGACAACGUUUUGCCAGCGUCCAGUUUUUGAAUGACAACGCGUACAUUACGGCGCUAGCUGUCUCCGAUUCCGACUGUGUCUUAUACUAUUACAAUUGGAAAAACUCCAACCUGGAUACGUGUGUGCGAGUAAACAACCCGGUGGCGGACGUAAGUACACACUAUAUUCAUAUAUUAUGACGGAUCGAUAAACUAUCUGGAAGAGGGGCAAUAGCAAUGAGACACGGAGAUUGUUUGGUGGGUUCAUAUCACAUACUUUUUAGAAAAACCUAAGGUGAUUGAUCGAUCUUGAUAGACUGAUACUGAUCUUCCAAAUUGUAUAAUGUUACAUUGGUACUUACUUGCGUAGAAAGAACAUAAUAAAUUGUUUUUACUUGUUUUAUUUGUUUCCGAAACUUCAAAAUGUCUAAUUUAUAGCUCAGCUUUUUUAUUUAAUGUUUAAUGUGGUAUACACAAAAUUCUUUCUUGAACUAUAUGACAGCAAAACAAAAAACUAGAUGAAGAUUUCCGGUUACUGAUGUCCUAACAUCAACAACUUCUCUCUAGAACUCUAUAGAACUGGCUUUAUUGACCGGACGGCCAAGAAAAUGUUACUCCUUGUGCGCCAUGGUUUCCUAACACCAAUUCUCUUAUCUCAGCUAUCGAUAGCUCUAUAUUUCAACUACUGUUCAUAGUUGAUUAUGUAGGUAUCGAAUCACCCGAUAGGUAUUACAGAACGCUAGCUAACCUCAAGCAACCGUGUUUAUACUUAAACACAUACAAAUUAAACAAAACUUUAUUUGUAGUGAUAGGUACUACCGAGUGAAAAUUAUCGAACUACUCUAUAGUUUCAAAUUAUUUAUUUACUCGAUUUUUUUCAAAAACUAUUGACACUAUUAACUACUAUCGACCAUCGACUAUCCAAACUACUUAUUACGGAAACAAUAUACACUAAAUUGUCUAAUAUCAGAAUUUCAAUUUGGUUAAAUUAUCGAACAAUGUUAUAAAUUAUUUAUUAGAGUAACGUCAUAUUAUUUGAAAUUACCCUUUUAAAAUUAAUUUUAUUACAAACAUUAUUUAUUUAUAAUGUUUGUAGGAAAUCAAUAAUAUAUUUUCAUUGUUAAUCAAUGAUAUAUUUUAAAAUUUAUAAAUCAUUUAUCAUAUUCUAUAUUUAAUGUAUACAAAUAAAAAAGUGUACAGUUAAUUAGCUUAAUAAACUAGUGAAUACGAUUACGGUCUGCUGCAUAAUUAAAAUAAUUAUACAAUAAAUGCAUAUAUUAUAGGUACAUUUCUCUGAUCUUUAAAAAAUUAUUAAAAAUCACGAAUUAAUGAAAAUAAAAAGUUAAUAAGUCAAAAUUUUCAGAAGAAUAAACUUUAUAAAAUGUCUUCCAAUUUUUCAAAAAACUAAUUUAUUUUUUAGUCCUUAUUACUGUGGAUAAUAUUUAUUUAUAUACAUAAAAAAUCGAAUUUGAUUAUCUUUAUUAUCUUCAUAUAUAUUACAAUGGGUACAUCUUCAUGGAAUAGUCUUUAAAAAGGCAGUGACAAAAUAAUAUUUAUGAUGUUAUGGAAAAAUCUUCUUUUUUUAUUAUUAUUUUUAUUAAUUAUUAGACUUUUGUAUACAUAUUUUAAAUUAUUUACUUACCUAAAUGUAUUAUCUAAAAUUAUUUUCUUUUGUCGUGGAGAAAACGAUACAUUUUUAAAUUCGGAAACUUCUUAUUUCAACUUCAUUAAAUUUAUAAGGUUAUUUGUUGUUGUAGGGGGGUUUCUAUUUGAAAACUAAAAAUUGAAACUUAUUUUAAGUUUAAACUAUUCUAUAAACAAAUCGAAUUCACAUAAAAUUCUCUGAGAAAAUGAUCAUUGUGUACUCCAACAUUAUCAAAAGUAGAAGAAUAUUUUCUUGAGGUCUUUAGCGUUAAUAUUUAUUAAUUUCGUUUAAUUAUUAUCAAUCUUGUAUGUGCAACAUCAUUAUUGUUUAAUGGUCAUAGUUCACAAUAUUUGAAAGUUAUUCUUAAUAAAGUUCUGCAUUACUUUACAUUUUACGCGAUAAUGGAUUUUUUUUUAAUGGUUUUUGUAUUGAAAUUAUUAUUAUGAGCAAAAUAUCAUAUCGGUAUUUGUUUAUUUUUAGUACUACGUGUGAAAUGCUUGAACAUUUUUUUUGGUUGAUAAAUUUUAAAAUUUCAAUUUCCCUAAUAAAACCCUUUUCGGUAAUCCCAUUAUUAGUUUGCGGGUUGGUAAUUAUAUUAUAGUGUAUAUUAUUAAAGAUAUUAUACGAUGUAAUUAUUGUUGUUCACGUUUAUACAGGUGGCUAUAAAUCCCAUCGAUACGACCAUUUGCUGUUUCGUCGGUAAAGAUCUAUUUCGUUCGAUGACCAGAACUGACACGGGUUGGAAUCAAUAUGGUUUCAGAGAAGCGGCUGGAGUGGACUUUACGUGCGUGUGCUGGUUAUGCGGCGACCGGUAGGUGGAAAGUUAUAUUUAAGAAGGCUGCUCUUCUUAUAAUAUAUUUGUCUUAUUCAAUAUUUCCAUUAAUUCUAUAUAUCGGUUAUGACAUUUUAUUAGUAGUAAUGAUUUAAACGGGGUUACAGAUGUUUGUCUGGCACCUCCAAUGGGUGGGUGGUAUUGAUGAAGAACGGUCAGCUCCAAGCCGUAUACUGUCUAGACGAUUUGAAUUGGGAAUUGGACGUGACGGUGAAAAUGACCAUAGACGAAAGUUUGGGCACCAUUGUGAUUUCCAAAAACAAACCGCCACCCGAUGCCAUUCGUAUUUGUGUUGCCUUUCAAUCAGGUUUCGUGUUAGUCGUCGGUAACUCUACCAUUUACUACUUCCAGAAGUUGGACGAAGAUGAUAGGCCCAGGUAA